AUGGGAGGACCUGCGGCUGUCACUGCCGGAAGCGGUAAUGCCGCAUUCGCGCACCUUUUGCAUUCGUCGACGCCGUGGUGGAAGAACUGGCGUCUGCUCAAGCUCAACCUCUGCAUCGCGCUGCUGCUCAUCACGUCGACAACGAACGGAUACGACGGGAGUAUGAUGAACGGUCUCCAAACUUUGCCCCAAUGGAACCAGGCAUUCGACUACCCGCAAAGCGCGAAACUCGGCCUCCUCAGCGCGAUCCAGAACAUCGGCUGCCUCGCAGCCUACCCGUUCUCCCCGUACAUGUCCGAUGGGCUCGGCCGCCGCAUCUCCGUCAUCUUUGGGGCGGUCAUCAUGUGCGUCGCGACCGUGCUCCAGACGGCGUCCAACUCGGUCGGGAUGUUCAUCGGCGCGCGGUUUUUGAUCGGUUUCGGGCUCACAUUCGCCGCUGCAGCUGCCCCGGUGCUCAUCACCGAGGUUGCGUACCCAUCCCAGCGCGCGCCUGCCACGUCGCUCUACAACACUCUCUGGUUCUUGGGCAGCAUCAUUGCCGCCUGGACGACGUACGGCACCUUCAACAUCCCGUCAUCCUGGUCCUGGCGCAUACCAUCCGCGAUCCAGGCGCUCCCGUCCGUGAUUCAAGUCUUCCUCGUCUGGUUCGUGCCCGAGUCCCCGCGUUGGCUGUGCUCGAAGGGUAGGGAGGCCGAGGCGCUCCGCACGCUGGCGUACUACCACGCUAGCGGGAACGAGAAGGACCCGCUGGUGGAGUACGAAUUCGAGGAGAUCAAAGCGGCGAUCCGGUUCGACAAGGAGGUCGCGGCGAACGUCGGGUGGAGCAGCUUGGUGCGGACGCCGGGGAACCGGCGGAGGCUAAGGAUUAUGAUUGCGAUCGCGUUCUUCUCGCAGUGGUCUGGGAACAACCUUAUCUCGUACUACAUGAACAAGAUAUUCGACGCCAUUGGGAUCACCGACCCUACUACGCAGCUGCUCAUUAACGGUAUCCUGAACAUCUACAACUUCUUCGUCGCCAUCAUCGCAGGCUCGCUCUGCGACAGAGUCGGCCGCCGCCCGCUCUUCAUCAUCUCCACAGUCGGUGCGUCUUCCACCACCCGCCGUUCGACUGUCGCUGACCCUGAUGCCGGCGCGUGCAGGCAUGUGGGUUUCUGGGUACUGCAGACGGCGUGCUUUGCGAUCUACUCGACGCGCGGGGACGUCGUCGCCGCGCACACUUUCAUCGCGAUGAUCUUCCUCUUCUAUACCUUCUACGCGAUCCUGCCGUUCGCGCUCCGCGCCAAGGGCUUCACGGUCUUCAACUUCGCGAUCUCGCUCUCGCUCAUCUUCAACCAAUACAUCAAUCCGAUCGCGCUCAAGGCCCUGGGGUGGAAGUACUACCUCGUGUACGUGUGCUGGCUCGCGUUCGAGAUCGUCUUCAUCUAUCUGUACCUCGUCGAGACCAAGAACCGCACCCUGGAGGAAACCGCUGCGCUGUUCGAUGGCGAGGAUAACGUGACCGCGAUCGCAGAGCACGCGGCUGUCACCGCGGGUGUGGAGAUCGAGAAGGAGUCCACGGAAAAGAUUGAGCACAUCGACAAGGUCCACGACGACGACGGGAUCGCCGAAGUCCGCAUCUGA